AGGCGUGUGACUCGUCAGAGCUCAGGUGGAUCCAGUCCUUCUGUUACACAACAGGGACGACCUCACAGAAGCAUUUGCCAGACGACAGUCCACCCUUGCUUCCCAGACCGCCCACUACACCUCGAGCCAAGCGGCGGACGCCAGCUGCAACUGCCAAAGACCUAUCACCUUACUUUUCAUCUCCUUCCGCCCGAUCCAGCAUGUCCAGUCUGGCGGAUUCCCCCAGCAGGGCUCGCAGCUCUGGGGGCCAUCAACGCAUGCUGACGAAAACUCAAAGUCUAGGCCAAGUCGGAUCAGAGAUGGGCUUCAAUCUCUCUCCCCGCUUCCGAGAAGUCGCUCGAACCAAAUCCAUGCCAAUCACCCCAUCCAAAUCCACACGGGACAACUUCUCGCCUCAACUUCUUUCGUCCCCCACGGCUCAAGCCAUACAUCUUGGCGCUCAAGCUGCGGCCGAAAGCUCUCAAGCUGGAUCUGGUGGAGCAAAGCGUACUUAUGGACUCAAGCGAAGUAUCAAGUCCUUGGACCAACCAGCAGCCCCUAGCUUAGCUGAAGAUGACACAAUCCCCGUGACCACAAGCUAUGCCAACCUCAGGAAGAAGUACGAAGUUCAGAACGAGCCGGCGGCAGCCGACGAAUUUCAGCUUAACGCUUUGAUCGAAUUGACUGCGAGACCGCCCCAGGCCGUGGCGGAUAUGCGCUCCAAAGGCGAGAAUAGACGAUUCAUAGAUGAGAUCGACUAUCUGGUGGAGAAUCUCUUUGACGAGCGCAUCUCUCGGUCGAUUCGGAUCGCUUCGUCUAUUGAAAUAUUGCGCCAAAUGCAGGAUGAAAGUUGGCUAUCAAAAGCCCUCAUUUACGGACAAGUGGAGCGUUUGUGGUCCCCUUUAUGGACAGCGCGUAAAGAAGGAGAUGUUGUGCUGGAUGCCGUGUGUACGGUCUUUGUUACAGUCCUCGCUAUAUCUGAGCUAUCGUUUGACACUUUCGCUCUGGCACAUUCGAGCUCGUUGCUAUCGCUGUUUCUGAGUGUAGCAUCUCGAGAUCCGAAUCAAUUUAUGGAACUCGCGUCUCAUCUCACUGUAGCUGAGCUAAUCGCAAGCACCAGUGAAAAGCUUGGUUUACAGAUCCAAGCAUCUGAGCUUGCACCUCGACAAAUAGCCUGCCACUUGAUGAUCAGGCUUGGCAUCCGACUGGACAACGACUCAUCUCUGGGAAUCAAGACCACACAAACUCUACUACAUAUCCUCAAAGAUUGCGUGGAGCGCUGUCACCCCAAAAGCGGCGCUCGAUUCCCGAAUACGACUCUGCUCCUCUCUUCGGAAAUGUCUAUUCUGAACGAUUGUCUCCAGUCGCUCCUGACUGUCGUUACGCAUAUGUCAAGUUGUCUGGAAUAUAUUUUAGCAAGGGCGAAGAAAUCUGCGCGAACAAUUUGUAUGAUCUUAGAGCUCUCCGUCGAAGCUAUAGGAUCGACAGAGGCUGCAGAGGAGGUCGUCAGUCAUGAUUUGCAACUCCUCGCACUUCUUGUAAAUUCCUCUUCGGACUGGGCGUUGGCCGCUCUCGAUACGACCAGUGCUAGUCAGACUAUCUCAAGGCUGAUCAGGAGUGGCACCUGUCAAAAACAAAAAGAGACUUCUUCGCCGACACGCGCAGGAGUAUCGGCAAGUAUUGAUUCCGCGACAACGUCCACCGACCUACGCCUCCUCGCGCUCGUCACUUUAUUCGGUAUCAUUGUCCACGGCCCUGCGACCGCCGCGGAAACCUUGGCAAAGACUGACUCUCACUGCGGUAGCCAGAAGCCUCGAUCUCAAGCAAAAGUCGACCGAUUGGAUCAGCGCCUUGCUCUCUUGUUCGCCGAAACAUUUCUCUCUGAAUCAAUCGAUGAAGAUGACUCACGUCUUGUGCUUGGUCACAUGGCACUGCUCCUCAUCGCCUUUCUGUCAGUAGAUCAAAGCUCCCGGAGCAGGCUUAUGGGGCUUCUUCCAGGAUCUGAUGAGGCGGAUAAGAAAGAGGCACUACGGAAAUCUGUUUCGAACAUGAUGGGUCAGAGAGACGACGCUGGCGCAGAGUUGCAUCAGGAAUCAGUGUGGACAGAAUAUCUGGUCAAGCUUGACAGUGUGCUUGAGCACAGUUCAUAGACUGGACAGCGUGAUGGGUUCCCACGAGCGAUGAUACACCGUCUCGUUGUGCCAGGGCGAAUGUGGCAGUGACAGUUGCUUGUUUGACUGGAGAUCAAGUCGCGAAGAUGACAGGAGCGAGUCUUGCCGCUUUCCACCGCCCCCUCGCAGCUCCCCAUAAUCGAUCCAUGCCUUGGUGUAUGCAUUAGCCCCUCCCUCCCCUCCCCGGGC